AUGGGUGUUCCCUUUGAGGCUUUGCUCCCUUACGGGAUUGUCAUUACCAUGUUCGGUGUGACCGGUGCUGGUCUGUACGUCUCCAAGCGCUUCAUCAACGAAGGCAAGAAGCCUCGCUGGAACUCUGACCUCUGGGAUCGGGUAAGUCAAGUCCUCACUUCGCGCGUCGGCUGCGGUCGGAACUCACAGAAUGCGUCCGCUAACUCUUUUACAGCAAAUACUCCGAAUAGUGAUGGAGCGGGACCUCCGCAUUACCGGUACAUUGAGAGGACAGUCCAGCAAUCACAUUGCGCCCAAGGGAUUCGAGCUCAGCAACCCGUGGAAGAUCGAGAAGCGGAUUUACUAGAUUCCCGAAAAUUGCAACGUCUUUUCCUUGUUAUGCCUCCGCGCUUUUGUUUCUCGAUCAUACAUAUCCACCGCAUUUUUUCUAGAAAACGAUGCUGUACCAUACAAUUGAAGCCCAUUUCUUUCACUCUUCGAUAA